AUGAUGGAGGAGCAGAUCGAGAAGUGCGGCUACAAGACAGACUCCGAUGUACACGAGCUCUACCUGGGCAGGAAAGGGCUGCGCGAAGUCACGGAUUUGUCAAGGUUUCGCAUGUUAAAAUAUUUGUGGCUCAACCAUAACAAGAUAUCCAGGGUGAACUUUUUAACCACUAAUUUCCGUCUGUCUGAGUUGUAUCUCGACCACAAUGAACUCUGCGAUAUAAAAGGUUCUCUGAAGCAUUUAACUUCGUUACACACACUGAUGCUGAAUGAUAACCACCUGACCAAGCUGCAGGCCGCCGUACAAGAGCUGAAACGGAUGACCAACCUCCGAGUCCUAAAUCUAUUUCACAACCCUCUGGAACAAGACACGGGCUAUCGAGCUUAUGUAGUCCAGCACCUUCCCUCGCUGGAGCUCCUCGAUCGGGAACAAGUCAGACAGAAGGAGAGAGAAGAGGCCUUCAAGCUCUUUAACCCAGAGAGAACUGCCGUGCUCCAGUCUUUGGGGUUCGGGAGAAGGACUGACUCCGCUCUUGGUGGUAGACCCGCCAUGCAAGGUUCAGCGUCUUCCUGUAGAUCGAUGGAGCGUUCAGGUGAACCGGGCAAUUGUGAUGUGACAUGCGUCUCAGACAGAGAAGACGUCCUACCUUUUGAAGAUCAAGCUUUAUUGAGAGGAUACAGAAGAUCCGUCACGCAGUUUUCUCUUGUGGACUGGAGUAAAAUGCCGGCUUCCUUCCAGAAACGCACUGCGGACCAACCCUGCCACCCGCCUCCCUUAAUGACGGUGGAGUUUAGGACUUGGUCCAACAUGUUCCUUGCACUGGGAGAUGUUAAGGCGGCUCCCGUCACAAGUGUACAGCCGGAGAUCCAGCAGUGCACUUCAAGCACAGAGACCUGCAGUCUGGAGAAGGAACCCUUCAAACCUAAGACAGAGCAGUUUGCUCAAGAAGAGAACCUUUUACCGCCAAACUACUUCACAGACUAUAGCGACCUGAAAAAUACCUUUCCUCUGGAAUCCCGGAAUAUUGCUCUCCAAAGCUCGGAGAAUGCCAGCAUUCUACUGAAGGGGCCUAUCACAGUUCACACAAAACGGCCGAUUGGCCAGCAUCUGAUCAUGUGA